UGCGCGCGUGGCGCACGUGCGCGUCUGUGCGCAGGGUCACUCGCAGUUGCCAUAGCGGAACACGACCUCAUCCAACGGGAGCUUCACAUUUAUCGCAGCAACACUCUUUGUGUAGUGGCUUGAACGCGUGUACGCGCGCGCGCGCGCGUGUGCGUGCGCGUAUAAUAGAAACGUUCGCUUCGAGAGACAACGGAGUCUUCUAUUCGGAAAUGACGGCCACGAGGGGGAGGAGAUCGGAUUGAUAGCUUCUUGCACUCUCACCAAUUACACGGCACACGGUCCUUCGGCUCCCCACUGCAACAGGUCCUGGCUGCCUCAUCUUCGAUCGUCGUUGUGUCCAAAGCAUCGUGCGUGAGCGCCACACGCGCGCGCGCGCACACACACACGCGCGCGGGGGGGAGUGGAAGAGGCGCUGGCGGUGGAAGUGAAGGAGAGAGGAGAAGGGAGGAGGUGUUGGCGGUAGUGGUGGCUGGUAGUGGUGGUGGUUGUUCGAGCCAACCGGGUCCCACCACCUUCGUUGGUCGGUGGGUGCCUCUCAAUCUCAGCAGCCCAGACCGAGCAGGAAUUGUAGGCAGAGUGAGACAGCAGCGAGAAUGCAGAAGGGACUGCGCUUCAACGAGUCGCACUGCCUGCACUUGGCUCUGCGUGCCCGGCGGGACGCGUGCAAAGUGGGCUACGUGCGCAAGCGCAGCGCCGAGACGAGCAGGUGGCACCUGCGCUGGAUGGCCCUGUACGAAAACCUCCUCUUCUCGUUCGAGAGCGAGGCGAACGCGCGUCCCUCGGCUGUCCAUCUGCUCGAGGGCUGCGCGUGCGAGCGGGUGUCCUCCCCCAAGCCCGGCGGCUCCCGUGACCUCCCGGAGAAGCAGUAUUACUUGACAGUGCACUUCGGGCACGAUGGGCAGAGGGCUCUGGAGCUGUCUACAGAGGACGAAGCAGACUGUGAAGCUUGGGUCUCUGCCAUCUCUCAGUGCAACUACAGCGACAUGAUGAUCGAGAGAGAGGUGCUGGCCCAGAAGUACAUUCACAUCAUGCAGAUCGUGGAGGCAGAGAAGACGGCCGCCAAUCAACUCCGGCAGCAGCUGGAGGACCAGGACACGGAGAUCACGCGCCUCAAGGCAGAGAUUGUGGCGCUCAACAAAACUAAGGAGCGCAUGCAGCCAAGGCAACUGGUGGGUCAGGAGGAGGAAGAUCCAGACAUCAAGAAGAUCAAGAAGGUGCAGAGCUUCUUGCGAGGCUGGCUGUGCCGGCGCAAGUGGAAGACCAUCGUGCAGGACUACAUCCGCUCGCCGCACGCCGAGAGCAUGCGCAAGCGCAACCGCAUCGUGUUCAGCAUGCUGGAGGCGGAGACCGAGUACGUGACGCAGCUGCACACGCUCGUCAACAUCUUCCUGCGCCCGCUGCGCAUGGCGGCCAGCUCCAAGAAGCCAACCAUCUUGCACGACGAUGUCAGCAGCAUCUUCCUCAACAGCGAGACCAUAAUGUUCCUGCACCAGAUCUUCCUUCAGGGACUAAAGGCACGCCUUGCCAGUUGGCCAACACUGGUUCUGGCGGACCUGUUCGACAUCCUCCUGCCCAUGCUCAACAUCUACCAGGAGUUUGUGCGCAACCACCACUACAGCCUGCAGGUGCUCGCCAACUGCAAACAGAACCGGGAUUUCGACAAACUGCUCAAGCAGUACGAGAGCAAGGCAGACUGCGAGGGACGCACCUUGGAGACCUUUCUAACAUACCCCAUGUUUCAGAUCCCCCGCUACAUCAUCACCCUGCACGAGCUGCUGGCUCACACGCCACACGAGCAUGUGGAGCGCAAAAGCUUGGAGUUUGCCAAGUCGAAGCUGGAGGAGCUGUCAAGGGUGAUGCAUGAUGAGGUGAGUGAAACAGAGAACAUCAGAAAAAGCUUGGCCAUCGAGAGGAUGAUUGUGGAAGGCUGCGACAUCCUGUUGGACUCCAGCCAAACCUUUGUGCGACAAGGCUCCCUUAUCCAGGUGCCGUCGGUGGAGCGGGGAAGAAUCUCCCGUGGGCGGCUCGUGUCCUUGACGCUGAAGAAGGAGUGCGAGCGUCAGUGCUUCCUCUUCACCAAGCACCUCCUCACUUGCACGCGCAGCUCGGGCGGGAAGCUGCACCUGGUCAAGACUGGAGGUGUCUUGUCUCUCAUUGAAUGCACCCUAAUAGAAGACAAUGAGACUUCAGAAGAUGAAUCAAAGAGCACAAUCAGCUCAGACAUCGAACACCUGGAUUUCAAGGUGGCCGUCGAGCCCAAGGAUGCGGCGGCCUUCACGGUGGUGCUCCUGGCCUCCUCUCGCCAAGAGAAAGCGGCCUGGACCAGCGACAUUAGCCAGUGCAUCGACAACAUCCGUUGCAACGGGCUGAUGAUGAACGUAUUUGAAGACAGCUCCAAAGUGACGGUUCCACCGGUCAUAAAGUCAGACACCACGCUGUAUUUGGACGAUGUCGACAUCCGAUUCAGCAAGACGCUGAAUUCCUGCAAGGUGCCUCACAUCCGCUAUUCGAGCGUGGAAAAACUGCUGGAGCGGCUCACGGAUCUACGCUUCCUCAGCAUCGACUUCCUCAACACCUUCCUGCACACGUACCGCGUGUUCACCACAGCCCAGGCCGUGCUGGAGAAGCUCAUGGACAUCUACCGCUGGCCUCUCAAGGCCAUCUCCCCACGCUCUCUGGAAUUGUUCUUUGCCAACUCGUCGGGAGGCCGGCUGUGCUGCAACGACACGGCGCGCUCGCCCAAGCCUCUGCGCAGCCUCCCCUCCACUCCGCUCGUGGCCUCCUCGCCGGUGCGGAGCCGCCACUCGCCGCUGGGCACCGUGCCGACCAUCGGCAGCGGCGGCGGCGGCUUCCAGGCGCUCGACUUGUCCCUGGCUGGCGCAGCCGACUCUCACGGCGCAGUCGCGGUGCCUCCAGCCUCCGUGCCCUCGCCGGCACAUGCACCGUCGCCUUUGGAUCUCACCACGGUGGGCAUCUUGGAGGAGGGAAGCGGGGACAAAGGCCCAGUGGAGGCAGAGAGCCUCCUCAAGAAGAGCUUCAGACACGCGAUGAGUGCGGGGCUGUUGGGACGACCUGGAGUAGAAUUAAGCGACACUGCCAAAGCUGCAGAGUCUCCCACGAGAUCCCCAGUGAGCCCACGACACCUGUACUGCCUCUCAGCAGACAUCUCGCUGCUGCACCUGAACAGCGGCGUGGCGGGCUCGGGCGUGGUGGCGGCCAGCUCGCGCGAGGUCGACAACCACCUGCGCUCCGUGACGGCCGUGUCCGCUUUCGCCAUCGCCACGGCCGGCGCCAACCACGGCAGCCCGGCCCACGACGGCCUCGCGGGACCCCCCACGCACGAGGAGCGCCUGCGCAGGCACUCGCUCAACGACCAGCAAACCUUGGACAAGGAGUUUGCGAUCCGACGGGCUGCCAAGAAUCGUGUCUUGAAUGUGAUGCGUCACUGGGUUUUCAAGCAUUCGCAGGAUUUUGAAUUGGAUAGUAAACUGAAAGCCACGGUGAUUGGAUUUCUAGAGGACAUAAUGCGUGAUCCAGAGCUGUUGCUUCAGGAGAGAAAAGCCGCAAACAACAUUCUAAGGGCCCUAAUGACAGAAGAGGCAGACGACGGUCAGCUGACUCUGGAGAAAGUCUCACUCACGGGGAGUACGUUUUGCAAUUUUCAGAAUGAGGAGAUGAAGCCAGAACAGUUUGAAUAUCUGUCCGUGCUGGAGCUGGCCGAACAGCUGACUCUUCUGGACUUUCUCGUAUUCAGAAGCAUCCCGUACCAGGAGUUUUUAGACCGUGGAUGGAUGAAAUCUGACAAAAACGAACGUGCGCCUAAAAUCAUGAGGACAAGCAAGCACUUUAAUGAGAUGAGCAACUUGGUGGCCUGGGAGAUUGCAAGCCGAAUGGAUGUGGGGGCCCGAGCCGCUGCCAUCGACAAGUGGGUGGCAGUGGCCGACAUCUGUCGCUGUUUGCACAGCUAUAACACGGUGCUGCAGAUCACAUCCGCACUCAACCGCAGUGCCGUCUACCGGCUCAAGAAAACCUGGGCCCGUGUAUCCAAGCAGACAAAGGCGCUUAUCGACAAGCUCCAGAAAAUAGUUUCAUCUGAAGGGCGAUUUAAGAAUCUCCGAGAGACACUGAAAAGCUGUGACCCACCUUGCGUGCCCUACGUGGGUAUGUACCUGACGGACCUGGCCUUCAUUGAGGAGGGAACACCAAACUUCACGGAGGAAGGACUCGUCAAUUUCUCAAAAAUGAGAAUGAUUUCGCAUAUAAUUAGAGAGAUACGGCAGUUCCAGACAAGUUGCUACAACAUCGAACCCCAAACAAGAGUGACACGCUUCCUGCUGGACCGGGCGCACGUGUGCGACGACGACAGUUUGUACGCGCUGUCCCUGCAAAUCGAACCCAGGCUGCCCACAUGACUAUACCGGUGCAUGAUGAGCCAAGUCAGUUGAACGCUCUUCUGACACAGAGCACACGGACGAGGCCAGUUGGGUUGGGGGGGGGGGCUUGGGAGGGAAGGCGGGGCCUCGCCUCCGCUCGAUUACCCUGCAUGAUUUGAGGGAAUCGGAUGUUUGCACGGACCAGCGAGGUGUCUAAGAGAGUCUUCGACGGAGGUGACUGCUCGGAGUGGCAGAGGUUGCAAGCGAACGCGGAAUAAAAAUGUGUCUGGCGGCAGUCAUGUCUCUUGUGCCAGAAAUUUAAACUGGAGCUUGCCACAAGUGGGACUUUUUUUGUAACUGAGGCUUUAAUAUGCAGCAAAACAAGUUUUUGCUAAUGCAUAGUGUUUAAGCAUGCCUGCCUCACAUCAACCAUUAAGUCCAGAAUGGAGAUUAAUUUUUGUACAGAGGUGGCAUUAUCAGUACCUUGAGGCAUAGGAAGCGCAUGUGAAUGGCAUUUUAUUCAAAAAUGCAUGAAUAUGCCUUUUUUUCUCAAUCCUUCUGAUUUAACAACAAAAAUGCAUUACAAUAUUCAUACACCAUUUAAUUUAAUGGAAUGUGAAUAUAAAUGUACAUAUAAUUUAGUUAGCAUGUGCAAAAAUUACAGGAAUUGUAUCGUUGCUUAUUCGGCUACAGAGGAUAAUAUAAAUGUGGCCUUAAUUUAAAACGCACGCAAAUUCUAAAAUAGCUACACAACAUGGAAAUGAACGUUAUUGUUGGGAAAUGCAGAUGCUUGGGCUUGCAUGCCCUGGGGCGAGUGGGGGGGGGGUGGUGGCCGCGGCGUAUUUCCCAGUAUUCAUGCAUGGGCUCGCACCGCCAGUUGUUUCUGCGGCUCAGCACGGCACGAGCGCUGUUGACCCGUGGUCUCUCUCAGCGCUCGCACCAGGGAUGACCACACACCCGAGUCGCGACGCGGAAACGAUGCUCGCACUCACUCGCACGCAGGCUCGGACGCGCGCGCACCAAAGGCGUGCUUGCUUUGUUCGUCAACCCUUGGCCUGAUUGACGUUGCACUAUGAUGUCCUGUUUAUUUAUUGGUUGUGUUAAACGGCACAAACCUGCAUGAUGUUUCUUUUUUAAAAACAAAAAUCUUUUUAACACUAUUCUUAAUUACUAAACAUACUGAUUGUUAUUGAGACUUGUGUACGAUUUACGAUUUUAGGUGAUGCAUCGACGACACAUUGAGAACAUACCUUUGGCUUUGAUGGUUUCUGUUCUGGAUUCUGUGAGAUUGGUAACUCAUAUGCAUAUGUACAAUGUUGAAAUGUAAUAAUGGUUAUUACAUAAAGUGCAAGAAAGCACGUUA